CAUAAUUUAAUUAAGUUAAUUUGACUAGGGAUGUUAAUGAAUAAAAAUUAAUUAUUACGUGUGCAAAUUCCCAGAGUAGAUAGCCACUUUACUCUGAAACAGUCUCCUUCUUCAGAUCUGAAUCUUCCCAAGAAAAAAAUAUUUUUUUGCAUUGUCUUCUCCAAUCUCAUUAACUAUUACCUUAAUCAUAAUACUAUAUCAGCAGUGGAGCAAUAAUAGACAAAGGAAAGUGGUAUAUAUAUGUAUAAUAGUGAACAUGAGUUUAGUCAAUAAUUCCUAAUAAUAAGAGAUCAAAAGCAAUUGAAAGCUUGUAUAAUAUAAUGUCAAUGUCAAGACAAGUACGGUCAACAAUUCACUUGAACAAAAGGCCAAGAUGGGUUCUAGUAAUGGUUCCUUUUGUGACCAUAUUUCUGAUAUUUGCCUAUCUAUUUGCACCAAGAAGUUCAUCUGAGGGUUGUUUCAUCUUCUCAUCCAACGGCUGUGGUUCAUUCUUUCAAAAGCCUUUGUUCCUUCUGUCUAGAGAUUUGACUGAUGGUGAGAUUGCCUCUCAGGCAGUGAUCAAAGAGAUUCUAAGGAUCCCUAAUAUUCACUCUAAGAACCCUAAAAUUGCUUUCAUGUUUAUGACUCCAAGUUCAUUGCCCUUUGAGAAACUCUGGGACAAGUUCUUUUCUGGCCAUGAGGAUAGGUUUAGUGUUUAUGUACACGCUUCAAAAGAAAGUCCAACUCAUGUGAGUCCUCACUUUGUUGGUCGAGACAUACGUAGUGAUAAGGUGGGGUGGGGAAAAUUUUCAAUGAUAGAGGCAGAGAAGAGACUUUUGGGGAACGCACUCUUAGAUCCUGACAACGAACAUUUUAUCUUGCUAUCUGACAGUUGUGUACCAGUGCAUAACUUCGACUACGUGUAUAAUUAUCUAAUCUUCACCAAUGUCAGCUUCGUUGAUUGUUUUGUGGAUCCUGGUCCUCAUGGUAAUGGUAGGUAUUCAGAACAUAUGUUACCUGAAGUUGUAAAGCAAGACUUUAGGAAGGGCUCACAGUGGUUUUCUUUGAAACGGCAACAUGCAAUUAUCGUUAUGGCAGACAGCUUGUACCACAGAAAGUUCAAACUUUUCUGCAGGCCAAACAUGAAUGGCCGCAACUGCUACUCGGACGAGCAUUAUUUGCAAACCUUUCUUCAUAUGAAAGACCCUGGUGCGAUUGCAAAUUGGUCAGUAACCCAUGUUGAUUGGUCUGAAGGCAAGUGGCAUCCUAGAGCUUAUAGGGCUCAAGAUAUUUCUUUUGAGCUCCUCAAGAACAUUACGUCUAUUGAUGAGAGCACUCAUGUCACAAGCGACAGCCAGAGGACAAUAAUGACAAGACCUUGCUUGUGGAAUGGGUUGCAGAGACCCUGUUAUUUGUUUGCCAGAAAGUUUUACCCUGAAACUCUUGAUAAACUAAUUAACCUUUUCUCCAAUUAUGCUGGUGCCUAGAUUCAAUUUCUUUCUUCUUCUUCUUCUUCAAAUUUUUACCCACCAAUUCUUUUGACAAUUAAGAUAUAUGCUAUUUCUGUUGGAGUGGUUACAUUUGUUCUUAUUCUUUCAAUGUUUAUUAAAUUAGAUUUUUUAUUUGUUU